CUUUGACAGCUGUGGUGUUUUGUUUAUGUUUGGGUCAGUUGUGUGGAGGCGUUGGUGCUUGUCGUUGAAGUUGAUGAUUUGUUGUUAAUUGUAUGUUUGAAUAUGGCUAUGUGUAUGGGUGUUUCGUAUAGGCAUGUGUCAGUAAGGUAUUGGUGAACAAGUCCAGUCAGUUGAUGUAGUAGAGGGGGAGAAAUCAGCUGUGAUUUUAUUUAAUAACACACCUGACACUGAUUCUGGAACAGAUGGAAAAUAAUUGCAGUGAGCGGUAACACAGCGUGGAGUUCGUAUCUAAGGUGCAAAUCCUAUGGGGCUGUUGCUUCUCCAUUGUGCGUGGUUUUUUGCUUAUUCUCGGUAGAGAUAAUUACCCUGCAAUGUGAGGUUUGCAAUGGAUAACAUGGGAGAAAAUGAUUCUCUGAUAAUAAAACAGUAUUUGUCACUAAAUGGACAGUGCUUGGGGGAAACCAGUACUAGUUCGGGGGAAUCAUGUAAUAAUGUAGUUCAUUGGUGGAACGAAAGUGGUUCAGACACAGUUUCGAGUGCAAGUUCAUAUUCUGAUUCCGAAUAUGAUGGGUCGUUAUUGGAAUGGGAAACGGAGAUAAAUGCAAAAGGGGAAGUUUUCUUUGUUGAAUCUCUGUGCACAUCAGAAAGUGAUAAUAGUACCUCCUUGACCAUGGUGGCAAACUCAGAUAGUAGAGAGAGUAUUCCACAACACGCAACUCGCCGGAGUACCAAAAGUAAACUUGCUCAAUUGAUUAAGCAUCGAAGUAGUAAGCGGCUCAGAUGGCAGAGUGCAAAAAUCUCAUCAUCUUUGCCAUCUACCCCCAGAGAAGUAGCUGUUAUACAAGAAUAUUCCAACAGCAAAGUGACAUUCCAGGACUGGCAGCAAGGAGAGAUUCGAGAGGUGACAAUCCCGGUGAAUGGAAGAAUGGUCCACAAUCUUGGACGACGUGCCACUUUGUCUGAAAUGUUACUGGGUUUAACAACUAGUAAAUUUGGUGAUGGCACUCGAGUUAUGGUUGCUGGAUUCAUCCCAAAUGGUGAAGCUGCCAAACACUGUGGUAUUAAAAUUGGUGACUGGUUACAGAGCAUUAAUGGUCAGGAGGUCAGUGGACAAACACUUGAUGCAGUUCUGUCAGCAGUGAAGCCCCCUUGUGAGGUCACUUUAAUACUCCAACGUAUAGCAGGUUACGAAGUCACUAUAGAUGAAUAUCAGGAUAACCAGAGAAAGGGUCGGAGGCAGUCAGAGUUAGUGCGCCGGCUAACAGGAGUAGAUCCUCCUCCACCACUUAUUGGACAUCCAGUAGCUGUGCUUUACAUGUCUGUAACAAAUGAGAUGGACUCAAGACCAGAAGACACUGACAGAAGUCAUGCACUGAUCUAUUGUUUCCCUGCACAAUCAUCUCCUUCACAACAGGAUACAUUCGUUGCAGCCCGGGGUGCCUUCAUUACUCUGUGUCACCUUUUCCCAAAUGCUGGUGCCUCAACACCUACCAGUUCCAGUGUUAUGGUCAAUGAUGAACUGGUACAUAUUUUGUAUUCACCACACAAUGAUGGACUAUUGCUGCUGGCUGUGCCUGAUAGUAGGUGUCCAUUGUGGGAAGCACACCAGCUUCUGGCAGAUAUUAUUCGUAACCUUGAAUUUUGUUAUAAGACAGUGCCUAGAGCUUUCUCAGAUGAAGCUAAUCUUCAGGCCUUGGAUGAUUUCUUCGCACUGUUCUUCAUGCGCAUUCUCACCGGUGACAAGUGGCCAGCUGAGAGAGCUUCCCCAAUGUUGCAGGAUGAAAAUCCAUGCAUGAUUUCAGCAAAAUUUGAAGAACUGCUUACUGUAGCACAUUGGUUGACGGUGCCUCAUCAUAUACAGGUCCAGAUAGACAACUUGCUGAGUCAUAUGGAAGCCAAUGAUUUUGGAGAUAUGAAUGAAGAUUUUGACCACCAGCAGAGACUAUAUACAAUCAUAGGAUCAUGCUAUUAUCACAAGGGACACUUACUUACGUGGCACAUAGAACAGUGUAUACUGGUCCACAUUCACACAUUUUUACGACAGCAUUGCUUGCUGGAACUCAACCAUAGAGAAGCAGUGCUUUCACUUCUGGUGUGGAGGGAAGUCUUCUUACCAAUAACAGCACCUCCUGGAGCUCGUCAUUUCCUUUUAUGUGCAGGACAGGGUCAUGACUUACUUGUGGUCUUGCUUGAAUCAGGAGGCUGUGCCCUGACGGCAAUGGAAAAAACAGGCCCAGAUGUGUGCUAUGUGGAAAUGGCCCAGGAAGUACUACAUUCCAUCCAGAAGACUGGCAUUUCUUCAGUUGCUUCCAAAUGGUUAUCUGCAAAUUGCCGUCCACAAAUUACAACACCGGAUGUAUUGCUGUCUAAUAAAGCCUCUCGAAAAGCAGAGAACUUCCUUGGUUUUGUCAAGCAGCUAGAUUCUUUGACACCAACAAAAGCAUCAUCAGUAACAGGUAACAGUUUUGUAUUAUCGAAGAAGCAGCCAGAAGUGACAUCGAUCUUAAAAAGGCGAAGCAGUCCAGACAAAUGUUAUGGGUACAUGUCUUCAGGUGUGUCACUACAAGGCUCUACAUCAGAAGACUCAGCUAGUCAGGCAACAAGUGUCAUGAGUGAAAUGAGUGAUGAGUCAGCUCCCAUUUUGGGUCGGAGAGCUGAAAGAGAACGUAUUACAAGACAUGGCAGUGUAGACAGAUUUUCUGAAUCACCUUCAGAACAAUCAGAAGAGUCGGAAUCUGACUGGGAGGAACAUGUCACUGAGGGCAGUCCUUAUGAUCCAACAUCAUUUGGAAAGCCUGUAGCAUUGGACAUGGAUGAUAUCAUACCAUCAAAACUAACUACAGGAGAUGAUAAUGUGUUGUUCCAUUAUGUUGAUCUUAACAUCUGUGAAGGUGUUCUCUUAUCGCCAUCAGUUUUCAGUGAACAAAUGCAAUCUCAAAAGAUGCAGGAGAUUCUCACAAACUUUAAACUCAGCAGCCAAGCUAUCCACAAACUUCUACAAAACACUGUUUCAUUCAAGAAACUCAUGAAUCAGGAAAUAAACAAGGCCAUCAUAAACAAAGCAUUGGUUGCUAUUAAAGAAUGUGGCAUGUUGUUUGAGAUGAACAUGCAGCAGUCACAAAGUGGAAGAAAAUCAGCAUCCACAAUGACAUACUGGGUUGUAGGGAGGCUGUUUUUCACUCCUCAUCCACGAGAAGUUUAUGUGUGUUAUCAAGACUGUACAUCGCAGAACAUGGUGGAAAUUGCAUUUAGACUUGCACUUAGUGCUGCUGGUUGAAUUGUGUGUGAAUAGGGGUACGUUGUACCAGCUACUGAUCCAAGGAAGUGCCUUACACUUAUUUAAAACCAACACUUUUACAAAUACUCAAAGGAUUACAUUUCAUGAAUGUUAUAUGUAAAUAAAGGCUGUUUUGUAUAAAAAAAUUUAUAGGCAUUUUCAGUAUAAAAAAUAGUUACACUCCAGAGUGCCUCUAAUGUUUGUUUCCAAAUGCGUACAUGUAAAUUCCAUUUGCAGAAAUUUGGAGACAUUGGGCUGCUGAAAGUUUUGUAAAACCCACAUUUCUCAAUAGAUAAGAAAUUAGCAUGUCUUCUGUAUGCAACAAACUGAUAAUAUGAUUAUUAUUGUGAUGUAAGACUCAUUGCCAACAUGCCACACAUUUAAUGCAGUUAAUAAUAAGUGUAGCUGCCAACAAGUUGCCUGAUUCACUGACUGGAAAUGUCACUGUGGAGAUCCUUGACUUCAGGAAGUCCAUGAAGAUGAGAUGUGUAGAAAGUAUUUAUUAUGAACAAGAAGCAUGUUAAGCACAGGCAGAAAAACUCUUGAAAUAUAUACCUGUGGAUGUAAGUAAUGUAAUAAGGCUGUCCAGAGAAUGACAGAUUUGUGGAGGGUUGUAUGUAGAACUCAGAAGUCUUUGUCCAGUCCACAUACAGAGUAGAGGAACCGUGUCAAGAAUAAAAGUGAGCUCUUUGUGAAAACUGGACAUACAAUACAUUACAAUUCUAAAUGCUGAUAUCACAUAUAAAAGUCAUUUCUGAAUACAAAAAAAAAGUAUUUCCACAUGUUCUCACAUUUUUUCAGCUAUUUGUAAUGUUGUCAAUGAGUGUCCUUCAAAUACUCCACACUGUUUAAAAUACAAACACUGGUCAAUACAUAACAGCUUGAGAAUGGCACACUGAAAGAAUAUUGUACCAAUGGACUGCAAAAGACACAUUGACAUUACAUGUAUCUUUUGUUAUACUGAGAAGAAGGGGGGCAGAGUCAUUGAUGAAGUGACCAUUGAGAUUGGUCUCAUGGAUAAUUAUUUUCAGGAUAGUUCUUCCAAUUAUCCUACUUGUAUAAUGUGUCUAACAUAUAUCUGUGAUUAGAAGCAUGAUGGUUCUCUUAAUUUUUGCUAGUUAACACCACCACAACAACUGUCAGAAGAGAAAUUUCAUUGAAUACUUCCACAGUCAUUAUAAUCAGGGUGUGGUUGUACAGAACAUACAUUCCAAUUUGGAUUUAACCAUGUUUGCAGAAUCCUGCCAUGAGCAUUUCCACUGAGGAGCCAAAGAAACUGGUACACAUGCUUAAAAUCAAGUAGGGCACCUGUGAGAAUGCAGAAGUCCACAACACAACAUGGCAUGGAUUCGACUAAUGUCUGAAGUAGUGCUGGAGGGAAUUGACACAAUGAAUCCUGCAGGGCUGCCCAUAAAUCCAUAAGAGUACGAGGGGGUGGAGAUCUCUUCUGAAC